UCCGCCUGACAGUCACCUGACCGGACCCUGACAGCCAACAGGAAAGAGACUGCUGCAGCCUACAGUAGACUCUGUUCGCCCGUGUACACACGAGACAGUACUGCACUGAGGCUGCUGUCACCAGCGACUGUGAUACUGUAGGAUGGGCGUGGAAUGGUUUGGUUUUGGAUAUGCGGCUCUGGUCGCCUCAGGAGGGGUCAUUGGCUAUGUAAAAGCAGGUAGUGUGCCAUCUCUUGCUGCCGGCCUUCUUUUUGGAGGUUUGGCUGGCCUGGGGGCCUAUCAAAUGUCCCAAGACUCAAAGAACAUCUUGCUUUCACUGAUCGCCUCAGGGACACUGGCAGGAGUUAUGGGAUACCGAUUCUACAACUCUGGAAAGUUCAUGCCCGCUGGAUUAAUUGCUGGUGCCAGCCUAUUAAUGCUUGGAAGACUGGGGGUCAAGAUGUUACAGAAGCCUCAUAACCCUUGAUGGAAGCCAAGCACCAAACCUUUGUAUGCAGUCAGUCCAGACCGUAUGUGUAUAGACAUUCAUUUUCUAAGUAAAACAAACAUUACAAGGUGA